AUGGCCGCCACCAGCUCGCCGUCGACGGCGGCGGCGGCGAUGUGGGCCUUCGCCGCCGCUACUUGCGUCAAGCUUCUGCUCGUCCCCACCUACCGCUCCACCGAUUUCGACGUCCACCGGUACUGGCUCGCCCUCACCCACACCCUCCCCGCCCGGCAGUGGUACACCGACGCCUCCUCCCAGUGGACGCUCGACUACCCGCCCUUCUUCGCCUACUUCUCCCGCCUCCUCUCUCUCCCCGCGCCCUUCGUCGACGCCUCCCUCGUCGCCAUCCCUGUGCCUGCCUCGCCGCCCUCCUCAGCCUACAUCCUCUACCUCCGCUUCACAGUCGCCUUCUCGGACCUCCUCCUCCUCCUCGCAUCCGUCCUCCUCCUGGCGAGGGACGCUCGCCGGAGGCAGCGUCCGUUCCUCGCUCUCUUGCUCGUCCUGUGGUCACCGGCGCUGCUCAUCGUGGACCACAUUCACUUUCAGUACAACGGGUUCCUGAUGGGGCUGCUGUUGCUUUCUCUGCAUUUUCUAGAGCAGGGGAAGGAUCUUGCCGGGGGAGUAGUCUUUGCAGCGUUGCUUUGUUCGAAGCACCUCUUUCUCGUGGCUGCACCUGUCUAUUUCGUGUACUUGUUCCGGCAUUAUUGCUGUGGCCGGGGCCUAGCGAGGGGCCUUGGGAGGCUCGUUCUCAUGGGUGCUGGCGUGGUUGCUGUUUUUGCCAUGGCAUUCACACCCUUCGUGUACUACGGGCAGAUGCAACAGCUCUUAAGCCGAUUGUUUCCUUUUGGUCGGGGUCUAUUUCAUGCUUACUGGGCUCCAAACUUUUGGGUAUUCUAUAUAGUACUUGACAAGAUCCUUGCAUUUCUUCUUAGAAGACUAGGAUUCAGUAUUGAGAUACCUGAAGCAUCAUUUACUAGGGGGCUUGUUGGUGAUUCAUCUCCUUUUGCUGUUCUUCCAAAGGUCACCCCAAUAACUACCUUCUUAUUGGUUAUACUUGCUAUGACUCCUUGUCUUGUCAAAGCAUUCGCUAACCCCCAACCGAAACACAUAAUUAGAUGGGUGGCAUAUGCUUGUUCAUGUGGGUUUAUGUUUGGAUGGCAUGUACAUGAGAAGGCAUCACUUCAUUUCACCAUCCCACUUGCCCUAAUUGCCAUGGAUAGCUUGGACGACAUCAGACAUUACUUCUUAUUGUCAAUAGUUUCAUGCUACUCUCUGUUCCCAUUGCUGUUUGAGGACCAAGAAUACCCAAUAAAAGUGCUGCUGCUGUUGACCUACAGUGCUCUCAUGUGGGCACACUUGAUAUGA